AUUUUUUAUCAGAGCAAUAAAUUAGCCCCCACAAGUAGUUAACCUACAACCGACCACAAGGGAUUUCUCUCUCCCGUCGGCUGUAAUUUUCUGUCGGAGGCUAGUUGCAGCGCCUAUAUCAUCUCCACCACUCUUAACUUUUCCUCUCUCUGUCUUUCUCUUCCCGUCAGCAUUUAUUUAUUUUAUAUUUAAUAUAUAUUCUAUGUAUAUAUAUUCAUUCCUCUUUCUUCUAUCUUUCUCUCUCUAACCAAUCUCAAUACAGAAUUUCCCGUUCUCUCUCUCUCUCUAAAGCCCUAGAAAAUUCGCCUUCUGGAAUAGCAGAUUCAUCGUCCCAUGCGACAACCUCUAGAUCCCCACAUCCAAUUUUGGAGAUAUAUCCCUUGAUCCUUCUCCCCGGAAUUGUUUUGCCCCAAAUCCCCUUGAAAGAACCCUAGAUCUAAUCUCAUUUUCUCAACAAUUAAUUCCCCGGAUUAUAUCGGCUGGAAAUUCAGCUGAUUGUGGAGUCAGGGAGUCACGAUUUGAUCGGUUAGCUGCACCCAUGGUGGGCAUGGGAAGGGUUUACAAUGGAGAAACGUCAAAGCCGUCAUCAUCGACGACGUCUUCUACGGCGCCUCCGGCGGUGACGACGUCGACGUCGAUCACCGAGACGGUGAACGGUACCCACGAUUUUAAGAUUAACGGGUAUUCCUUGGCUAAAGGGAUGGGGAUUGGAAAGUACAUAGCUUCCGAUAUUUUUAUGGUGGGAGGCUACGCGUGGGCGAUCUAUUUCUAUCCGGACGGCAAGAGCGUGGAGGAUAAUUCGACCUAUGUUUCUCUGUUUAUCGCUUUAGCCAGCGAGGGAACCGACGUUAGGGCGCUCUUCGAAUUGACGCUUCUGGAUCAGAGCGGGAAAGGGAGGCAUAAGAUUCAUAGCCACUUUGGAAGGGCCUUGGAGAGUGGGCCUUACACUCUUAAAUACCGAGGGAGCAUGUGGGGAUAUAAGCGGUUUUUCAAGAGAACAGCCUUGGAAACAUCGGACUACCUUAUGGAUGAUUGUCUUCAGGUCCAUUGUUGUGUUGGUGUAGUUAGAUCACAGACAGAAGGACCUAAAAUCUACUCUAUACCUGUCCCACCUUCCGAUAUUGGUCAACAUUUUGGGCAGCUACUUGAAAGUAAAAAGGGAACUGAUGUCAGUUUUGUGGUCAAUGGGGAACAAUUUUCUGCUCACAAGCUAGUGCUUGCUGCUCGAUCUCCUGUAUUUAGGGCUCAACUAUUUGGCCCUAUGAAAGAUCAGAAUACAAAUUUUAUAAAUGUUGAAGACAUAGAGGCUCCUGUUUUCAAGGUCCAGUGCCUAGUAUUCUGUUCUAUUUUAUGUUUUGUAUUUCAAUUGGAACGUCAUCUUGUGUUCUUUUUCGUAUUCAUACAUGUAAAUUUUCUAUGAAAUUCCUUCAGCAAUCUUUCCAUUUCUGUGUUUUGUAUUGCUAGGGGAAUGAUGACGGCAAUAUUGUUCCUGCAAUUGUAUAUUCUCCAUUGAUAUUGAAGCAAUAAUUUCUUGUAGGUUAUGCAGUUUGCAUCUGUUUUUUGGCCAACAUAUAUUAUGAUUGAGCUCUUCGUUGUGUACAUUUAACAGUUCAUAGAGUGCAUGUUAGGGUUUUUACUUUUGAGCCAUUUUCUCACUAUUAUUAUUUUUACUGGAACUUGUUUUGCCUAAGUUUCUCUCUAAAGUGAAUUUUGGGAGGCUGGAUUGGUGAAUAUCUGCCAUUUGAUGGUGUGUGGGUAGUGUUUUGUCUUUUACAUUUAGUUUUAGAUUAUCACGUUAUGUUAAUUGCUCAGGUUUUCUUACGCCACUUGGCAACAAGUGGAAGAGAUAUCUGUACUAGUUGUGGGAAGUAUGUUUUGUUCAUGAUAAAUGGAUUAGAUGGACUUCUAUCCGAAUGAGUUGAUAUUUUAAUUCUGGUCGCUUGUGUACUUCCGUGUUUAAUCCAAGACAUUCCAGACAAUAUUUUGAUAUUUAACGUUUUAUGAUACAUGUGUGAGGUCUCUAGAAUGAUGUGAUCUUUUGGUUCAUUUGUGAUGAAUCCAUAUAGCUGGUUCAAGCCAUUUUAUGGUUGCCCUUGCAUUGUAUUGCUAAUUAAUUCUGUAAUAUCUGACCUUAUGCAAAAUAUCUUGGAGAAAACAUGAAAGUAUAGUUUGCAAAAAGAGGGAUCUCUGUGAUGACCAUCAUGGGAAAGUGGGCAGCAUUUUGGGAAUUAACCAUGAAAUUUAAUGUGCUUCAUGGAAGAUAACAUGCUUGAAAUCUCAUCUCACUGAUGAGAUUUGGAGAAUUUUUUUUUUUGUGUGUGUGAGCGUCUUCAGUACUUGUGAAAUUGGUUAAACAUUUGGUGCAUUUUGAAUAAGCACCGCCAUUCAACAUAUCUCCCCAGAGUCCUAGAUAUUUUUUCUGCGAAUGUUAAUAAUUAUUUGUUUUGCGUUCUCGCCUUUUCUAUCAAAUGCACUAUUUGGUCAUGGCCUUGCUAUACCUUUUGCUUUUAGGUUUUGUUGUAUACAGUGAUUGAUUUGCAACUUCGAUACUGACACUUGAGUGCUUGUUUCAUUUUUUUUUCGUACAGGCUCUACUUCAUUUUAUUUACUGGGACAGCUUACCUGAUUUGGAAGAACUUACCGGUCUGAACUCAAAGGGGGCUUCAACCUUGAUGGCUCAACAUCUGCUUGCUGCUGCAGACCGAUAUGGUUUGGAUAGGCUUAGGUUGAUAUGCGAGUCUAAUCUCUGCGAGGAUGUUGCUAUAAAUACUGUUGCAACUACUUUGGCGUUGGCAGAACAACACCACUGUUUCCAGCUGAAGUCUGUUUGCCUUAAAUUUGUCGCCUUGCCAGAAAAUCUUAGGGGUAAGUUUCUUAUCCUUUUGAGAAGAAAUUAUCAGUUUGACAAGGAUUAUGUGCUUGCACAUUGUUGAACCAGUAAACUCUAGGAUAUGAGUACAUGUUGUCUGUCCUGUCGUAAGGACUCCUUUAUUUUGUAUAUUUGUGCAUCUUCUGCUGUUAGUCACAUAUGUGAAAGAUCUUGUUUUGGUAGCUUAAAUGGUUGAGUGCGUACUGAUUCUUUACUAAUUCUCACUUGAGCUUGCUGCUUGGUUUUGGCCAUCUUAACAUGAUUUCUAAGCUUGCUUUAUGUGCCAGAUUCAGUCGUAGAAUUCCAACUACAUGGCCAUGAAAUGUAGUGAAGUCUGUAGAAGUUGAUAGAUAGCGAAGCAUUUAUAUUUGUAAUAUCAAUGCAUGCCAUAUCAAUUGCAGCUAUUGGUUGACUAUGAAACUUUUUUAGCAUAUGGAAUGAUAAUUGUAUUUUAGAAAUGUGUUCAGUGAGGCACUUGAUAUUUAUUUUGCAUCCAAGAUGUAUGAGAAUUUGGUACUACUUGCUUGGUGGCAUGUAACUGAUUGGUAGUGAUUCAAAACUGAGUACUAAUGUGUGCUUAAAUUUGUUGUUCUUUUGCAGCUGUCAUGCAGACGGAUGGGUUUGAAUACUUGAAAGAAAGUUGUCCAAAUGUGCUUACAGAACUGUUGGAGUAUGUGGCAAGGAUCAAUGAGCAUUCGGUUAUCAGUAGUAAGCCAUUGAACGACGGUGUAAUGGACGGUAGUGAUAUCAAUGGCCGGCGUGUAAAACAGAGGUUAUAGUAGGUUUUGCGAAUCAGCCAUUGUCACUGUAGGUUUUAUAGAGAGUAGCUGGGGGAAUCAAUUUUCAAGGUUAGAGAAACAUUUUUUUAAAAUGCAGAUUCUAGCUUGACGAAGUUGUAAAUGACAUAUCAUGUAUUAUCCCUGUAUUUUUUUCAAGAAAUAUUACCUGUGUAUCACAUUGCUCUGUACUCUGGAAGAUUUCCGAACUUUGUUGGAUGUUUCCUAUGAUAUAGUUGGGUGGUGUUAAUACAGACUGUUAAAACUGACUGUUUCAUCUGUGCCGUUGAGCACUCACCUCCGGUAAACAUCAUAGUUUAACUGUAUUGAUUAGGACCAAACUUUGAUUUUCGUAUCUAUAGUCUUUUUAGGGGUUGAGUGAACUAUGAUUUGGUCGAAGUUGAAGCAGAAGCCAGUAGACAUUACCGGAGGAAGAAGUUAAGGCUUCUAUUAGGAACUUAUUCCUGCGUUGGAAGUUUGGCAAUAACUACGGCGAAUUCAUUAAUGAACUCCUGACGAUUUCCAAAUUCAACUUAGUCUUCACAAAUCCUAUUUUGAAUAGCAAAGUUGGUUUGUACAAGCUUGAAUUUCACUAAAAUUAUACCGCAUGGAUUCUGCAAUAGUUGGGAAAUUCAAAGAAAGGCCUUCCACUAUACUGAAAGAGACCCCUAAAACUAGUGUUGAGAUUCUGAGCCGACUGAGCCUUUGUUUACUCUGACAUAUCAACAUGAGCAAAAUCCGACCCAAAAAAUCAUAGAUUCAAACGAUACAAAAGAUUGCAGACCCCAAAAGAUUGGCGACAAACUCGACAUUGAAGUACAUAGCAGCAGGCUCAAAAAGCUCGCCCAAAAGCUGGUUCAACCCCUCAUCGCUGGUAAUCGCUUGCUUGAUGUGAGUUGGUUGGAUAAAAUCCUUGUUCUGCUCCUUGGCUGCUUUUCCGGCAAGUUCUAGAACCUCAGCCGCGAUGCAUUGGAGAACCGCGGAGAGGAAGAUCGGAGCUCGGUGGCUGACUUUCUCGCAGUACCCAUUGCCCAAGAGUGACUCAUGGAAUUCACGAACAGGGAACUGAAGAUGUGCUUUCCUUGCUGGCGCGUCGGCGUAGUCGUACCAUUUCCGGCCGCCGCCGCCGUUGGAAUUCAUUGUCGAUCGGAGGAGAAAAAAAGAGUGCUGGGGUCUUUUUUGAUCUGUUGACUGUAACCCGCGAGAGAAAAAAGAUGGGGUCGUUUUGAUCCUUUGUAGCGUAUGUAUGGAAUGGAAUACAACGUAAAUGUAUGAGAG